UUUCGAAACCAGAAGCGGAUCUCUGAGAUCUAGAGGAAGAAGAAGAAGGAGGAGCAGAAGGCGAAGAGAAGAAGACAAAAUGGCGGCGAUGGCGGCAGGACCAGAUCAUCUGUUCAAUCUGAGGAACAAUUUCUACUUGGGAGCUUACCAGGCGGCGAUCAACAACAGUGACAUCCCUAAUCUCUCGCCGGAGGAUGCCAUCGAGCGCGACUGCCUCGUCUUCCGUUCAUACAUCGCCCUUGGUAGCUAUCAGCUUGCGAUUAGUGAGAUCGAUGAAUCGGCCGCUACUCCUCUGCAGGCGGUGAAGCUUCUCGCUUUGUAUCUCUCAAACCCUGAAAAUAAGGAAUCAACCAUUUCAAGUUUGAGGGAAUGGUUGCAAGACCCAACUAUAGGAAACAAUCCUGUUUUACGGUUGAUCGCUGGUAUCAUAUUCAUGCACGAAGAAGACUAUAAUGAGGCCCUGAAGCACACCAAUGCUGGCGGGAACAUGGAACUGCAUGCAUUGAAUGUCCAGAUAUUCAUUAAGAUGCACAGAUCUGAUCAUGCUGAGAAGCAGCUCAGAGUGAUGCAGCAGAUUGAUGAGGAUCACACGCUCACUCAGCUUGCCAACGCCUGGUUGGACCUUGCUGUUGGCGGGUCCAAAAUUCAGGAAGCUUAUCUCAUUUUCCAGGAUUUCUCCGAGAAAUACCCGAUGACUUGUUUGAUCCUGAACGGAAAGGCGGUUUGUUGCAUGCAUAUGGGUAACUUUGAAGAAGCUGAAACACUAUUGCUCGAAGCACUCAACAAGGACGCUAAAGACCCGGAAACUCUCGCAAACCUCGUAGUCUGCAGUCUUCACGUCGGAAAAUCAUCCUCGCGAUAUCUAAGCCAACUGAAGCUUUCGCACCCGGAGCACAUGCUCGUGAAACGAGCAUCAUCGGCGGAGGAUAGCUUCGAAAGAGCUUGCCAAUCUGUUGCCUGAAGAUUCAGAACCAGUUUGUUCAAGCUUAUGAGCAGAAUACAAGUGUUAUAUAUAUAUAUAUAUAUAUAUAUAUAUAUAUAUA